UCGUGGAGCGGCGGCGGAGCGGGAGGGCGGCGGGCGCUGGGGUCGCCCCUGGGGUCGCCGCGCCGUUCCCGCUGGGGAUGUCCGCGCCUCGCGGCCUCCGAGCAGCACGGGGCGCCCGCCGGCCGGGCCUCUGAGGGCCGCCGGGUCGGGGCGGAGGGUUGCGGGCCCGCGCCUCCGCAGCAGCGCGGCCGGCGCCGGGCCAGGAGGAUGCGCGGCGCCGGGCUCUGAAGCAUGGAGGGGGUUCUGUACAAGUGGACCAACUAUCUCACAGGUUGGCAGCCUCGAUGGUUUGUUCUGGAUAAUGGAAUCCUGUCCUACUAUGACUCACAGGACGAUGUCUGCAAAGGGAGCAAAGGGAGUAUAAAGAUGGCGGUCUGUGAGAUUAAAGUCCAUCCCGCAGACAACACAAGAAUGGAGUUAAUCAUUCCAGGAGAGCAGCAUUUCUACAUGAAGGCAGUAAAUGCCGCCGAGAGACAGAGGUGGCUGGUUGCCCUCGGGAGCUCCAAAGCGUGUUUGACCGACACGAGGACUGCAAAAGAGAAAGAAAUAAGUGAGACCAGUGAAUCUCUGAAAACCAAAAUGUCUGAACUUCGCCUCUACUGUGACCUCCUGAUGCAGCAGGUUCAUACGAUCCAGGAAUUCGUUCACCAUGAUGAGAGGCAUCCCUCUCCCAGUGUGGAGAACAUGAAUGAAGCCUCCUCCUUGCUCAGUGCCACCUGUAAUACAUUCAUCACCACCCUGGAGGAGUGUGUGAAGAUCGCCAACGCCAAGUUUAAACCUGAGAUGUUUCAACUGCCUCAUCCGGAUCCCCUGGUCUCUCCCGUGUCGCCUUCUCCUGUUCAGAUGAUGAAGCGUUCAGCCAGCCACCCUGGUUCCUGCAGUUCCGAGAGGAGCAGCUGCUCCGUCAAAGAACCAGCAUCUGCCCUUCACCGACUUCCUCAGCGACGCCGCAGGACCUACUCGGACACAGACUCUUGUAAUGAUGCCCCCCCUGAAGACCCAGAGAGACCUCUUCACUGUUCAGGAAACACACUUAAUGGAGAUUUGGCAUCAGCAACCAUUCCGGAAGAAAGCAGACUUAUGGCCAAGACACAAUCUGAAUCUGAAGAGCCUCUUCCACCCUUCUCCUGAGGAAACAGACAUGCCCAGCUUCCUCUCAGUGUUGCUAUGCAAAAGCUGCUGUAAUUAAACUCGUUCUGGGCUAGCUUUGCCCUCUCCUUAGGAUUUCUCUGCACUUUAUAGAAUAUUGUAAACAAACAACCCACAUACUUUUGAAGUGUAUUUUAUCUUUCUAUAGUUUACUUGCAAGAGUAUUUUCCUAAUAACUUCACAGUAUGAAUGUGCAUCUUUUUUUUUAAACAAAUGAUGGUGUAACAUUUUGACAUCCAUAAGGACAAAUGUAGAUAUUUUUCUAAAAAACUGUGAGGGACUGACAGCUUGGUCAGUGUGUAUUGUAGUAUAUAAACAUGAAAUCUCGCCAGAUUUAUUUGACAGAAAUGUGAGAGAUGUAACUUGUGCCAUGGACCAAAAGGUCACUUCAUCCCAGCUUAAAAUUAAUUACCAUAGCAGCUUGAUGGUGAUUAUAUCAUAUUCCUUUAAGCAAAAAGGAAACGCUUAAUAUUCUAAAGGUCUUUAGCCCAAAUACCAUGACAUAUUGAGCAUUUUUUUUUUUUAAAAAAGCAGAGUCCGCUGUCCUUCAUAUGUGAAGUUGACAUCUACUGAUUUGUCAAUACCAAACAUCAGAUUACAGUAUUUAAUUUUUAUUUAUUUAUUUUCUUAUUGCAUCAAAAGAUGGUUAUGUCCUAACUUUUAUGGCCUCCCCAAUUUAAGAUGUAUAUGCAUAGUUGUUAUUUACGUUGUUCUAAGACACAUGAAGCAAGUGUCCCAGUGAUCUUGUUCACCUACACCAGAGAAAUAAACAGCUUUCAAUGGAAGAGGAUUUCAGUGCUUUUCAAAAACUAGGCAGUAAGCUGCUGUUGUAAGGUAUGAUUUGCAGCUCGUUGGCAUAUCUAGAGACAUUUUUAAUUUAUGAAUAUUUAUACAAAAAGCAAUUCUGUCAAGAUGACUGUUCUAUAUCACUUGAGAAUGGCAUUAUUUAAUUAAAGAACAAUUUGCAGUU